CCCAGCGCUUAAAAACGCACCCGAAUCUGCCACUCCAAAAUCUCCCAAAGACGCCGUCGCCGCUCUUGUUGUUUCCGAUCCCAAACCCCAAACACGCUCCACCGGCACCUCCGCUCCCACACCACACCGAUGGCCCGCACGAAGCAGACGGCGCGCAAGUCCACCGGAGGCAAGGCGCCGCGGAAGCAGCUGGCGACCAAGGCAGCGCGCAAGUCGGCCCCGGCAACCGGCGGCGUGAAGAAGCCGCACCGCUUCCGCCCGGGCACCGUGGCGCUCCGCGAGAUCCGCAAGUACCAGAAGAGCACGGAGCUGCUCAUCCGCAAGCUCCCCUUCCAGCGCCUGGUCCGCGAGAUCGCGCAGGACUUCAAGACCGACCUCCGCUUCCAGUCCUCCGCCGUCGCCGCGCUGCAGGAGGCCGCGGAGGCCUACCUCGUCGGCCUCUUCGAGGACACCAACCUCUGCGCCAUCCACGCCAAGCGCGUCACCAUCAUGCCCAAGGACAUUCAGCUCGCCCGCCGCAUCCGCGGGGAGCGCGCUUAGGCGUUUACGGUUGAUUGUCACUACUGUAGAUGUUUAGGCUAUGUUCUCGCCAUGUCCUAGGUCUGCUUUGUUCUUAUUUGUUUUUUUGGUUUCAUCCUGUGCGUUGAUGGUUGUCAAUGAGCUAUCGGUGCCUGUCUGAGAGAAAUGGAGUGAUCUGUUGGCGCCAUUGUUGAACACCAUGAAGUUGCGAGCUCGGACGUUAUAAAUUCCUACCAGACAUAAAUAUGCAUGAACAAUACAAUUAACUGGA